AUGAACGGAACCACAGAGACCACCACUGCAGCUUCUGCGGCCACACAGACAACAGAGACCGUCAAGAUGAACGGCACGUCCACAUCCACAGCCACAACCACCACCGCCACAGAUGCAGGCCUGUUUGGCGACGAGCUCAUCUCCCCCGACGUCGCAAAGGCCCUGCCCGAGGGCUACAAGAUCCGCGCCCUGCGCCAGUCUGACUUCAAGGCCGGCUUCCUCGACUGCUUGCGUGUCCUCACCACCGUUGGUGACAUCACAGAGGAGGCCUUUGCCGAGCGAUUCGCCUGGCUUUCCAGGCAGGACGGCGGUUACUAUAUCCUGGUCAUUGAGGACGGCGGCAGGGUCGUCGGAACUGGCGCCCUCAUUCUGGAGCGCAAGUUCAUCCACAAUCUCGGCCUGGUUGGCCACAUCGAGGACAUCGCCGUCGCAAAGGACCAGCAGGGCAAGAAACUGGGCCUGCGUCUGAUCCAGGCCCUCGACUUCAUCGCCGAAAAGGUCGGCGCCUACAAGACAAUCCUCGACUGCAGCGAGGCCAACGAGGGCUUCUACAUCAAGUGCGGCUUUAAGAGGGCUGGGCUGGAAAUGGCCCACUACUACAAGAAAUAA